AUGUCACGUGGGAAAUUAGAGAACACAAAAAGGGAUUUUGAGGAUCUUUUCAAUGUUCUGAAACCGUGGACUACUCAAGGCAUAUCCGUGUUCAUCUCUGGUCCCAUUCCCACUCUGUAUCACGGAGCUGAGCGACUCGAUAGGACCCUUCAUUUAAACAGCUGGCUCAGCUCCGUCUGCAGGUCCCACCUCAUCAACUUCAUUGACAAUUUUAAUCUGUUCUGGGACCGCCCCUCACACUACAGGGUAGACGGCUUACACCUAAAUAGACGCGGAAGCCGUCUGCUUAAAAACUACAUGGUCUACGCUGUCCACAACCUGACAGGGGUUUUUCCUACAGCACUUAAAACUGCCAUGGUCAAACCUCUGCUUAAAAAGGAUAACUUGGACUCCUCCCUGCUCAAGCUGAGUGUGUGUUGUGCUCGUGCGUGUGUCGCGAGUCUGGUCUCGGGAUUCCCGCACCACCCCGUGAUGCACCACCACGACAGCCACCACUACUCGCUGCACGCGGCGGCAGCGGCGGGACGCUGUCACGAGGACACUGGCCCUCCUUAUUUCACGAGCUGGCUGAUCAGCCACGCGGACAUGUCUCCCACCGACUACAGCCUCGCGCCCGGCUACAGCCCCGAGUACCAUGGCAACAGUAGCGGGGGCUCCACGGGCGGCAUGGACCCUCACCACCAUCAUCAUCACCACCACUACGGCCCUGGCAGUCUCGUGCCCCCGGUGAACGGUGCUCCAGUCGGUAUGCACCACCACCAUCACGCGCACCCCCGUCCCGUGAAACGGAGACCCACGGCAAACAGGAAGGAAAGGCGGCGGACCCAGAGCAUCAACUCGGCCUUUGCGGAGCUCCGAGAGUGCAUUCCCAACGUACCUGCAGACACUAAACUGUCCAAAAUCAAGACACUACGGCUGGCCACGAGCUACAUCUCCUACCUGAUGGACAUACUGGAUAAGGACGGCCAGCACGGCGAUACGCAAGCGUUUAAAGCCGAGUUGAAGAAGACGGAGGCCCGCGAGGAGAGGAGGAAGAGGGAGGCGGUGGAGUUGCCAAAAAACACAUCUUCUUCCUCCUCCUCCUCCUCUUCCUCUGUGAGUGAUAAGAAAACGAAAGGUCGGACGGGAUGGCCUCAACACGUGUGGGCUCUGGAGCUCAAACAGUAGCAGGACCUUUACCCCCCAUGGGCCCUGUCCCAAAUGUGCCAAGUCCAAAACAAGAUCUGUGCCAACCGGAAGCUAAGGGGACAUACUUCGGACAACUGGAUAUGGCUAUGAUGAACUGUGGAAGCAGUCUCUCUCUUUCUCUCCCCUCUUGGACCGGAACUGGACCCCUGCUUUAGCCCCGCCCCCUCGCUCCAUACUAUCCCACUAUAGGCUGCGUUCAAGUGACAUCACAACAUUUUAGAGUCUGUGGUUUAAAACAGAGCUGGAGGACAGGUCAGAAUUCUACAGUUGAAUUUGCUGUUUAAAUGUCAGAUUACAGAUUUGUUGAGCUAGUUUAUGGUUAGUAUCUCAGUAAUUACUGGGUUUAUCCACAUGAAACAAAAACUGGCACAAAGUUCAAUGUCUUCUUUGUCAGUGGAAACAAACAAAAGCAAAAUGAUAAAUUUCUUCACAAUAGUCUCAGACAAAUGGUCCCAUCAUUCAAUUCUAAAAGUGUGAUUGUUGUCAGUUGAAAGGACUAAACACCUAAACUCUGCCCACAACCACAUUUCAAGUAGAGUUAUUAACUUGGGCAGUAUCUCGAGGACUAAAGAAGAGAGUGACGGAAGAGGAGAGGCGGGGUUUGGAGGUGUAAAUAACAGUGUGAUUGGUCAAAUCACACUGUAUCCACACUUCAAACUCCGCCUCUACAGCCAGGAGUAAUCAGAAGCCCCUGUCUGUAACUAGGCAGUCUUUUGUGAUGCCACCAAGUACUUGAAAUUGCCUUAACCACCGAAGGCUGCGCACAUUUAGAUUUAAAUAUUUUGGACCAGAAAGCUGCAAAUGUAUCUAGUUUGCAGUAAAAUUGCCAAAAUUUACUUGGGACAGUAGACAAUGCUAAUAAAACACCAGAUACACAGUUCGGUAGUAAAAAAAAAAGUGUAUUUAGUGUUUAGUUUCAUUUUAAGACAAGAGAUCAAUAUUGCAGGUUUGUGGACCCAUUCCCUUACAAAUAAUGAUAAGUUCAACAUUUUUCCUUUGGAUAUUGCUUUCAAAAACAGUGAAUUUUUCAUAGACUUACAUGGGCCUUUGCACACCAUCUGAGAUCAUGACAUAAUAAAAUUUUAGAACGUAAUAUUGGGUACAACUGAUGGUUUAAUAGUGUAAUGAUUGAACAAAAAUAAUUGGACUCUUCCAAUUCAACCUUUAAAAAAAUAUCAUAAAUUACUCAGUGCCCCUUACAUUUUAUAUAUAUAGCACUUGUAGCAUUGGGUUAGACAUUGGACGUACCAGCUCUCAAGUCUCUGAUAGUUUUCCUUUUUUUUUUUUUUUUUUUUUUUUCCGCUGUAGCAAUUUACAAUGCA